UGUAUUGGGCUUUAUUUGAUUUGCAAACUCCAUUGGGCUUAAUUACAUUAUUAUUGGGCUUUAUAACUGGCAAACCCAGCUUUGAUUACUUUAGGCUUUGACUUUUUGCUCCUCUACUAGUGAAUCUGAAGUUCAAAUCUCUCCGUCGAGAAAUUCCGAUGCCGGAACACCGCUUCUGCUUCUUCCCAGGUAAUUUUUGAUUCCCAUCGUUCUGCUCUGUUUUAUCGAUCACAUUGUGAUAUGGGAGUGAAAUCGGUGUGGGUUGCUUUAUAUAUAUGGUUCCUCUUCGUCCUAGUCUCUGUUACGGAUCUCGUCUUUUGCCGUACGCUAUCACUUGAUCCAGAUCCGUGUGACUCAAUGAAUCAGAGAGAAUUUGAGAAACUCAGAUCGGAUCAGCUAACCGUUCUAAUCAACGGCUACUCUGAAUCUCGGAUUCCUCUUCUGCAAACCAUCGUGGCCUCGUAUUCAGCAGCCUCAAUCGUAUCAUCCAUCUUAGUCCUAUGGGGUAACCCUAACACAUCUGACCAGGUUCUUAACCAGUUAUACCACAACAUGACUCAGUAUUCGCCUGGUACUGCUUCCAUCUCUCUCAUUCAGCAAUCUUCGAGCAGCCUCAACGCUAGAUUCCUCCCUCGUUCCUCUAUAGACACUCGUGCUGUUCUAAUAUGUGAUGAUGACGUCGAGGUUGAUCGGAGAUCGCUGGAAUUCGCGUUUUCUGUUUGGAAGUCUAAUCCUGACCGUCUUGUUGGAACGUUUGUGAGGUCUCACGGUUUCGAUUUGCUAGGGAAAGAGUGGAUUUACACUGUUUAUCCUGAUAAGUACUCGAUUUUGCUGACUAAGUUUAUGUUGAUGAAACAAGAUUAUCUCUUCGAGUAUAGCUGCAGAGGAGGUGUGGAGAUGGAGGAGAUGAGGAUGGUUGUGGACCAAAUGCGUAACUGCGAGGAUAUACUAAUGAAUUUUGUUGCUGCGGAUAGGUUAAGAGCAGGGCCGAUCAUGGUUGGAGCUGAGAGAGUUAGGGAUUGGGGAGAUGCGCGUAAUGAACGAGAAGAAGAAGAACAAGUGGAUGAGGGAGUAAGAGAUGUGGGAUUGAGCAGUAGGAGAGUGGAACAUAGGAAGAGAAGAGGCAAUUGCAUUAGGGAGUUUCAUAGAGUUAUGGGGAAGAUGCCAUUGAUGUAUAGUUAUGGUAAGGUUGUGAACUCUGUUGGGGAACAAGGGCUGUGUCGUAAAGCAGGAAAGCUUGUGUUUUGUGACCGAGAUUGAACGCUUUUUCUCAAAGCUUAUUACACGCGAUGAUGGAGUUAGCAGCAACAUGGAAACGAAGCGUUCGAAGAAGCAUAGUAAUAGUGUAAGAAGAAGCUGCUGGGCUCUGAGAAUAUAGGAAAUUUGUAAACGGGCCUUACAACUAUAAGGCACAAAUAUCUCAAAUUUUGGACCAAACUCAAAAGACAUAAAUGUAAAAUGUAAAGUUUAUGUGUAAAAUAACUAGGAUGUUAUAUAGCAUUACGUAAACCGUUAAAACUAUAAAUCAUU